GCGAAUGAGCUGCACGCUGUCAGUUGGGAAUGCGCAUCAUUUAGAAUAGCGAAUUAUAACUACCAAUCAUCGGCGCGCAGUAUCAGACGACCUUCCGAGUGCUGACAGGGCGUGAAACAAAGGCCUUGUACUGUCCUUGGAGCUAAUCACCGCUUGGCUCUGACCAGGCAGGCACCGUCCCCUUCCGCUCGGCCAGACCAACUGCCCUAGAGGGGCAUGUUCGACCAAGUCACCUCACAUUAAUUCAACCCUAAACCAUGCAAUCGCCCUCCUCCAACCCCGUCGCUUCACCCUUUCCAAACAGCGGCCAGCCUUUCAAUCUCUCGCAACCCCCGCCCGGUCGAAGAAGUGCCGCUCCCCCCUCCAACGCCUCGACCGCACCACCCCCCAACCCACCAUCGGAUGCCGGCGAUGCCAUUCGUGACGGAAAACAGCGUGCCAAAGAUAUUAUGGCCGUCUCAGGCAUUGACGUGACAUCGUCACCUUCGCAAUCAUCCAAUGGAGUCGCCAUGUCAAGGAAACGUUCGCGCUCCGGCUCGCGCAUUCCCGCGCGUCCUCAUUCACCCAGCAACCCUCCUCACGAUGAAGUUCUCCUCGAGCGCUAUAUUCAACGCGAUUCGCUGUAUGCGGCUGCUAUGAAUGAUCAAGCCGAGAAGUCUCGCAAGCUCCUAAGGCUCAAGGAGCAGGAGAAGGAAUGGUAUCUCCAUGAGGGCAGACAGCAAAGGCAACAACAUCCCGGUGCUACAUUUGGUUAUGGAUACGCUGGAUAUGGCAAUGGACGAACCGACGAUAGAACGCGGCUCGAAUACCCAUCUCAGCGCCGCAGAGCUGGAAACAGAAGAACACGCGAACUGCGCGUGCCCAGGAAAGAAGCCGGACAACAAGCUGAAUAUCUCGAAGAGCUCGUGCCUGUGAGACUUGACCUUGAGCUUGAGAAGCUGAGAUUACGCGACACUUUUACAUGGAACCUCAAUGACCGCCUGGUUUCCCCGCAGCUCUUCGCUGAGAACCUGAUCGAGGACCUGAAGAUUCCUAAUGAACAUACCCAAUCGCUUGCUCGUCAGGUCCAUCAAGAACUGCUUGAUCAGCUGAAUAACUACUACCCCCACGUUUAUCCUGCAGGACAACCUGCAGAGCCCGAUCUUGCAUACAGCGCUCAUAAAAAUGAUGAUAUGCGCAUCACUGUCAAGCUCAACAUCACCAUUGGACACAUCACACUGGUGGACCAAUUCGAAUGGGACAUCAACAACCCCUUGAACUCUCCCGAGGAAUUUGCCAGACAAAUGUCCCUGGAUUUGUCGCUUUCUGGCGAGUUUACAACAGCCAUUGCACAUUCUAUUCGCGAACAAUGUCAGCUUUACACCAAAAGCUUAUUCGUAACCAAUUACGAAUUCGAUGGAAGACCGAUAGAAGACCCUGAUGUUCGUGAGAACAUGCUUCCAUCACCAGUUCCCAAUGUCUUCAGACAACAACAGAGCCAAAAGGACUGGACCCCCUACAUGUAUGAGCUUACUGAGGGAGAAUUGGAGAAGACGGAGUUGUCCAUGCUGCGUGAACAGAGAGCUCAGAAGCGCCAACUCAACAGACGCGGUGGGCCUGCUUUGCCGGAUCUCAAGGAGCGUCAAAGAACCGUUCGUUCUUUGGUCGUAUCGACAGUCAUUCCAGGCGCUGCAGAGACGAUGGAAGCUAGUGGCAUCUACAAGAUUCGUCGUACGGCGACUGGAAGAGGUCGUAGGCCUGGAGCUCGUCUCAACGAUGGAAGUGAUUCUGAUGAGUUGGAAGAAGAGGAGUCAGGGGCCGAGUCUCCUGCACCUUCUCAACUUCCCGGUGGAACAGCCCGAACUAGGGGUAUGAGAGGCGCCGCCACCGCUGCACAGAUUGCCAUGCGCCAAACCUACGGCAGAUCGGCCACCCCUGACAUCGCUAUGCUUUCACAGCCGGAAGCAAGACCGUCCAGACGCGCCCCAGAGCCAAGUGAAGAUACCGCAGAGCCAACAUUGAUGAAGCUGAUUGUCAAACUUCAAAUCAACCCCGAGAAGUUUAAACAGUUCCUGGCACGGAGGAAAUUUGGCCGUAGUGCGGCACCACCUCUGUCAGGUUUCCCUACCUCCUUCACAAUGCCAGCUGCACGUCCCAAUCCUACGCCAGCCAAGCAGGCAACUGGCCCUUCAACACCAUCAAUGCAGAACAGACCCCUACCUGCAGCUUCUGUCACACCUGCCCGUCAACCUCAACCACAAGCUCCGACCCCAACGACUAAGCUCCCGGCGCCGACACCUACCAAAAUUACAAAGGACGUCGAGUACGAUUCUCAAGGUCGUGUCGAAGCCGCUACCACUCCCUUACCAGAUGGUGCCACACCGGACAUACCCUCAUGGUUACAAACCGCUCUCCUUGAAAUGCACCGCCUUUACCCAACAUCUCGCUUCUCCGGUCUGAUGCGUUUCAGCGCCGUCGACGCCGAGACCGACGGUCCCGUCCGAAUCGACCACACCGCCCUACCAGCCGGCUCACCCCCACCCGAAAACUUCACCAACCCGGCCACCGGCGAAAAGCAAGUCGUCAAAUGGAUGUGGCAGCCUCGCAUCCGGUGUGACGACUGCCCCGGUAAACUGUACACUGCGGUACGCGAAGACACGAUUGGCAAAUUUGAAAUCCACCUCAAGAACCGCAAGCACAAGGCGCAGGUUGAUGCCAGGUUGGCCAGAGAAGAAUAGUAUUCAUGGUUGGCGAGGAGGCAUAGGCGUACAUUCGUCGUCAUCACAGGAGUAUCAAGAGCAUUCUUUUUUUCCUUUCUUUUUCGAAAUCAUACUUGUUUGCGUUGUUCACUUCCCAAUUGUUCUCUUUUAUGUUUGUUGAUUCGCCCGUGAUAUUUCUCGUGUACAGUUCUCAAUGGCGCUCAAUGUGUUAUGAUGAUGAAGAAGAAAGAGAAUCGGCCCGCCAUCUUAUGGGUUUGGCGAGCAGAGGACAACCUACAUAACCUCGAGUUGAGAAGGGACGACUAAAUUCGUUUGCUUCCCUUGUCAAGAGUAGUUAGCAGAAGAGAAGAAGAAAUGGCUGUCGAGAGAAGGAGCGA